CAAUGACAUUUCAGCAAAAGAAAACUUGCACUACCGCUAAAUUGGAGCAAGUCAAAGUAUUUUGAUUUGAAUUGGUAAACAAAGGGGGCUGCUGAAAAAAAAAAAUUAAACCAUACAACUUGUGCUGUAUUUUAAGAUGAUCCCAGUUUAAUCUGUAAAAGCAUUACAAACAUGGUGGUUGUCCUUCUUCUUCUCAAACUUCUCUUGUUUCAGCUACUCCCUUGUGCAACUCCGUUGUCCUUCAACUACCCCUUCUUCUCAAACGGCCCCACUACUUUAUUUAUCGAGGACUAUGCUUUCGUCGCCGACAAGUCCCUCCGACUGACCAAAAGCACUGCCGGCAACGGACUGGACCAAAGCGUAGGCCGAGCCACCUACUCUCAACCCUUCCUCCUCCGCGAGAACGCCACCGGAAAACUCGCUGAUUUCACCACAAACUUCACAUUUUCCAUCGACUCCGAAGGCAAAACGCCCUACGCCGACGGACUCGCCUUCUUUUUGGCGCCAAACGGGUCCUUACUCAACCCCACAAUAGGCCUAGGCGGCUCUCUAGGCCUCCCCGUCAUAAACCCUCCAAAUAACGAGUCGACGAAUCUGUACCCCUUUGUGGCAGUGGAGUUUGAUAUCUACAGGAAUGACGUCACUUCCAUCAAAGAUCCUGACGGCGAUCAUGUAGGUAUUGACAUCAACUCUGUCAAGUCUAAAGUGACAAAGCCUUGGAAUGGAUCCAUUACAAACGGAGAGGAAAAUACUGCUCGGAUUCGCUACGAUUCUGGAUCAAAAAAUCUUAGUGUUGUUUACACUAGUUUUGUAAAUGGUGUCCAAGUAAGGGAGUAUCUUGAUUACAUGGUUGACCUGAAUGAGUACUUGCAGGGUUAUGUUGUUGUUGGGUUCUCUGCCGCUACAGGGGCUGUCACGUCUAUACCUAUAAUCAACACAUGGAGUUUUAAUUCUACAGAACUGCGCGAUGAGCCGCCGCCAGUGGUUCCUGUGCCAGAGCCGAACCCCAUUGUUGAGCCCGAUCCGGGAAAUGGGGUCAACGUCGGACUUGUUGUUGGGUUGGUUGUUGGUGGGUGUGUGCUUUUGGUUGGUGGGUUGGUUUUGGUUUGGUGCAUUUGUUGGAGAAAGGGCAAAACAGGGGGAAGUAGUGAUGAUGAGGAUCCUAUGGUGAACGACUCGAUCGAUGAGGAAUUCGAGAAGGGGACGGGCCCGAAGAAGUUUUCGUACAAGACAUUGGCUCAAUCCACGGGUAAUUUCGAUGAGGGAGAAAAGCUUGGAGAAGGAGGAUUUGGUGGGGUUUAUAGAGGGUUCAUAAAGGACUUGGACUCGUAUGUUGCUGUUAAGAGGGUGUCAAGUCGGUCUAGACAGGGGAUGAAGGAGUACGCGGCAGAAGUAAGGAUCAUCAGUCGACUUAGGCAUCGGAAUCUGGUGCAACUAAUCGGUUGGUGCCAUGAAAAAGGAGAGCUCCUGCUUGUUUACGAGUUCAUGUCCAACGGAAGCUUAGAUUCCCAUUUGUUCAAACCGAAAACGGUGUUACAUUGGGAGGCAAGAUACAGAAUUGCUCAAGGCUUAGCAUCCGGGUUGUUCUAUCUACACGAAGAAUGGGAGCAAUGUGUGCUGCACAGGGAUAUUAAAUCGAGCAAUAUCAUGCUGGAUUCGAAUUUCAACGCCAAACUUGGGGAUUUCGGAUUAGCUCGACUUGUGGAUCAUGGAAAACAAUCGCAAACCACGGUUCUGGCUGGAACCAUGGGAUACAUGGCUCCGGAAUGCGUUACCACAGGAAAGGCAAGCAAGGAAACAGAUGUCUACAGCUUCGGAGUUGUAGCUUUGGAGAUAGCAUGCGGGAGAAAACCCAUUGAUCCAAAGUUUGGAAGGACUCAAAUUAACAUGGUGGAGUGGGUUUGGGAGCUUUAUGGAGAAGGGAAAAUCAUUGAAGCAGCUGACCCUAUAUUGUGUGGAGAGUUUGAUGCGAAACAGAUGGAGUGUUUGUUGAUUGUUGGGCUGUGCUGUGCUCAUCCGGAUUACAUGAUGAGGCCUUCGAUACUACAAACCAUUCAAGUACUUAACUUCGAAGUUCCGUUGCCCACUCUCCCAUCAAAGAUGCCGGUGGCCAGCUACGUAUCUCUUCCGGUAUCAUUUUCAAUCUCGUCGAGUUACAAUACUGAUUUGGAAAGACGUCAGACUGAGUCUUCGGGUCAUGGUUACAACACCAACUCCUCACAAUUCACCUCAUCUUCUGCAUCCAAUUCUUCUCCAUCAGCCUCACUUUUGUAUACAAGAUAAAUUUAAACUCGCUCUGUUAUUCAAAUAUAUACAUUUGUGUGUAAUACGUAUUUUAUAGUGAGCAUCUUUAAGUAAAUAUGUUAGACGACA